GCAGCUUUCCUUCCACCUUCUGCCUCCCCCUCCUCGUCCCCGCAACCAUGGGUGCCAAGCAAGUCGAAGGCCACGUCAGCGAAGACCACAUCAACACCGACCACCCCGUUGUCUCCAGGGCCGAGCUCUGGUCCUACUACCUCUUCUACAACGGCGACGCCGGUGUCCAGAACGGCUGGAUCGCCUCCAUCGUCCAGCUCUACCAGAACGAUGCCCGUCGCUCGCCCUCCAACGGCGGUGGUGCCUGUACCGCCGACUCCACCGACUGCAACCUGCCCGUCGGCGGUGGCAUGCCUACCACCACCUUUGUGCUGAUCCAGCAGUCCGUCACCUCCCUGUUCGCUGCCUUCAUCUUCAUCAGUAUCUCUGGUUAUGGUGACUACGCCAUGUACGGCCGCAACCUCUUGAUCUUCUUCACCUUCCUGUCUCUGAUUGCCCAAGCCGCCUUCAUGUUCUACCGUUUCCCCGGUAGCUCUGCUGAUCCCCUUCCCUACACCACCCCCAUGAGCACUGUCUGGUUCCACUUCUUCCUCCAGGGUGUCCAGCAGAUCGCCUACUCCGGCUCCCUUGUCUACUUCUUUGCCCUGUUCCCCCGUCUCGCCCCUGCCAUGCCCGAAGUCCGCGCUGCCAUCGAGCGUGGUGACUCGGAGGAGUCCAUCUACAACGAGAUUGCCUUCCAGCGCUCCCGUAUCUCUAUGAUCUCGACCCUCUGGUCCAACAUCGGCUACUUUGUCCCCGCCGUCCUGACCUUCGGUCUCAUCUUCGCCGCCAACCCCACCGCCAACAUUCUUGCCGGCGACCCGACCUCCCUCGUCACCAACAACUGGAUUCUGCUCUUCCUGAUCUCCUACUGGCUCGUCUUUGCCCUGCCCUGGAUCGUCCUCAACAAGCCCCGCCCCGGUCCCCCCGUCCCCAAGGAUGUCAACAUCGCCGCCCUCGGCUACCGCGAGUUUGGCCACGCCGUCAAGCUCUGGAGACGUCUCCCCCAGGCCUGGCUCUACAUCAUCGGCUUCUUCUUCUUUGCUGAUGGCAACGCCACCAUGGGUAUCCUCGUCGGCAACCUCCAGAACAACUUUGUCUCCUUCAACACCCUCACCAACAACCUGUACACCUUUGCCCAGGCCGGAACCUCCGUCUUGGGUUGCAUUGUCUUCUGGUGGGUCGGCAACCACUUCAAGGUCCCCACCAAGCGCAUGUUCCAGGUCACCAACUUGGUUGCCCUCCUUGUCAGCAUCUGGGGUGUCGUCGGUAUCUGGGCCCCCGGCAUCGGCUACAAGACCGCCAUCGAGUUCUACAUCGAGAACUCCCUCCUCGGCUUCUUCCAGGCUCCCUUCUGGGCUUACCAGAACACCUACCUCUCCGAUCUUAUCCCCCCCAGCAAGGCCUACCUCUUCUUCUCCGUCUUUGGUAUCUGCGGUCGUUUCUCUGCCGCCAUUGGCCCUCUUAUCUCUGCCCUGAUCACCGCCGUCGUCCCCGCCAACAACACCAACGGUGCUCCCCAGUCCACCUGGAUCGCCUUCAUCCCCACCACCAUCUUCAUGUUCAUUGGCUUUGUCAUCAUUCAGAUGACCAACCCCGAGAAGGCCAAGCGCGAUGUCAUUGCCUUCGAGGAGGCUGAGGCCGCCGAGGCCAAGGCCAAGGCUUCCGCCUAAAGCAAUCAUGAUUAUGAUGCUGGCUGGGGCCGACUCCUCCCCCUGAUGUGUGCGCGCUCCCUCCGCUCACAGUCGUCGGUCCCAACCCCGCCCCAAAACCAAAAACCCAAACCCUGUCGACGUCCUGACUGCUCCGUAGAUGUCUGAGUUUUCCUAUGAUAAGCUGAAAAUGCCGAUCACGUAAUGCUCCUCUGUCCUUUUUCUUUGACUGUGUCCGCCUCCCGUCGUCGUCUUUCUAUCUGUCUAUCGUUCUAUUCGGCGCUCCUCGUAUGUAUGGUGCUGCUCUCGUCCGGAAAGCCCCAGGGGCUCACACCCAAAGUUUCCCGGAAUAAAAACGCCGUAAUUACUGCGAA